UCGCUCUUUUAUACAUCCAUUUUGUUUGUUCCUUACCAUGAAACUGUCUCUGGCUGUUGGAGCAGCCCUGAUGGGCUCUGCUCUUGCAGUGGACAUUGAUCCCAUCGUCAUCAAGGGUUCCAAAUUCUUCUACAGCAGCAACAACACCCAAUUCUACAUCCGCGGUGUCGCCUACCAAGAGGACUACACCGGCAACUCAUCCUCCAGCUACACCGACCCGCUCGCCAACCCCACCCUCUGCAAACGCGACGUCCCCAUCCUGCAAGAACUCAACACCAACGUAAUCCGCGUCUACGCCAUUGACCCCACCAAAGACCAUAGCACAUGCAUGAACCUGCUCGCCGCCGCCGGCAUCUACGUGAUCUCAGAUCUCUCCAACCCAACCCAAUCCAUCGACCGCUCCGACCCGGCCUGGGAAACCAGCCUCUACACGCGGUACACGAACGUCAUCGACGAGCUCAUCCAAUACAACAACACAUUGGGCUUCUUCGCCGGCAACGAAGUCUCCAAUGACGUUGCUACCACGGACGCCAGCGCCUUCGUCAAAGCCGCCGUCCGGGAUACCAAAGCCUACAUCAAGAGCCAGGGGUAUCGGUCCAUUGGUGUCGGGUAUGCGACUAACGAUGACUCCGACAUUAGGGACAACAUGGCAGAUUACUUCAACUGUGGGAGUGAGGACGAGAGUAUUGAUUUCUGGGGAUAUAACAUCUACUCCUGGUGCGGGGAGUCGAGUUAUACUAAGUCAGGGUUUGAUAAGCGGACGGAAGAGUUUAGGAAUUACUCCGUGCCGGUGUUCUUCUCCGAGUAUGGAUGUAAUGAGGUCCAGCCGAGGAAGUUCACAGAGAUCGAGACGCUCUUUGGGGAGAAGAUGAAUGAUGUCUGGUCCGGGGGCAUUGUGUAUAUGUAUUUCCAGACGGAUAACGAUUACGGCCUCGUCUCCGCCAUCGACAGCACCAGCGUCUCCAAACUCGCCGACUUCACCUACUACUCCUCCCAAAUGGCCAGCGCCACACCCACCGGCACAAACAAAGCAUCCUACACCCCCACCAACACCGCCCUAGAAUCCUGCCCAGCUGUAUCCUCUAACUCCUGGCUCGCGACCUCCUCCCCACUCCCCCCUACCCCCAACGACCAACUCUGCACCUGCAUGGACAACGCCUCCGGAUGCGUGGUCAAAGACUCCGUCUCGUCCAGUGACUACGCAGACCUAUUCAGCACCGUGUGCGGAAUGACCUCCUGCGAUGGCAUCUUGCAUAACGGUACUACGGGUAAGUAUGGCGCGUAUAGCAUGUGCGGCGCGAAGGAGCAAUUGAACUUCGUUCUCGAUAAGUAUUGGACGGAGCAGGGGAAGAAGGCGAAUGCGUGUGGGUUUGGGGGCUCUGCGACCACGACUGCUACGGUGAAGGCGACGGGGACGUGUAGCGCGUUGAUGAAGGAGGCUGGGACGGAGGGGACGGGGACGGUUACGAGUAAGCCGUCGGCGACAGCGGCGGCGAGUGGAACGGCGGGCGUGAGUGCUGUUGGGUCGGUAGGGAGUGCGGGUUUGGGAAGGGGAAGUGUGAUGAUGGUUCGUGUUGGGGCGUGGCAGGUGGGUGUGUAUGUUGUUACGGGUGUUGUGGCGGGGUUGGGGAUGGUUUUGCUGUAGAUGUAUGUUUGGACAGGUGCAUAGUGGAUAAGUAUUGUUUAAGAGACAAGCAGCGAGAGCGAAUCCAUACCUCCAACCAAACGAAGACUAUCAAAUCAUAACCCUACCCUCCCACCCAUCUGCCUCCCCCAAAGCAUCCGAUCAAACCGCCUCUCAACCAGCGCCUGCGCAUCCCCCGCAUACACAAACACCUUCCCCUCAGCCUCGUCCGGCUGCUCCCCAUCCUUGAAAAAGAUCAAACAAUUCACAACUUCAUACGCAUUCGUCUCAUAACGUGCUAGUUUCUCUGCCUCUUCCUCGGAUUUAACGAGGUACGCAGACCCCAAUACCACUUGUCCUCCGUUCCCAUUGAUAAGGGCAGGAUAAUCGCCCCAUUCCGCAAUGGUGUAGCCUGUUACUUCUGCUUUGCGGAGGGCUGGCUCCUCGGGUAGGUCGAGGAUUCGUGCAGCUUGGGUUGGGGAGGUUAGGGUUCCGUAGAAGAAGUA